AUGCCCUGGGAGCCAUUGUCAGACGACGAUCGAGCUUUGACGUACGUAUGCCUGCCCUGCGUGGUUGUUGACCGGGGCUCGCAUCAAGAUUCGAGAUGGAAAUGUAUACUGUGCUGUAUACUGCAUGCGAAUCUGUUGGAUGACGAUGCAUGCAUGCUUUUGGUCACACGCACAAGCCGGUGCUUAUCGUGUACAUACUGUAGCGAAAUGGAGCAGGAGAAGAGGCAGGUCGAGACGAAGAGGAGGAAGAGAGGUCAGGUGAAGGUUUGGAGGGGCGGAUUGCGCGUGCUUCGGCCCGAGUCUUGCCGAUGGGCAUGGAGCGCAGUCCGACUGCAGCUGACUCGUCCUGUUCGGUAUCAUCUCCUCAGACUCUUCUGUUGGCAUCCUGGUUCUAUCCAAUGCCCCCGCGAGCUGAUUGGGCACAAUGACCGUCUCUUGGGAUAUAGAUGGGCAGAGAAUUCAAUGGCCCACAGCCCUUUUGAGCGUCCUGGCGACAUGCACAAACCCCCCAGCCACACUUCACGAGGCAACAAUCGGGUGAAGUACGGCGAUAUCGAGACACCACCACCUGAACCUCUAAGGAAUUCGGACACAACAUCCAAUCUGCACGGCCAGCAUGGUAGUCACUACGACGACAGUGUUGCCAAGGUCAAGUUCGACCCGGCCAAGGUUACUAAGCAAGCCAAGAAGAAGAAAAAGAAGGGCAACGGCACCAUUUUGGCUGAGAAAGUCCACGCUGCCUUCGCUGGAGUGCAAGAGGGAGGAGGACUGGGAGGAGGUGAGGGCGCACUGAAAGUGGCGAAGGACAGCCGCGUGGCUACAGCGGCAUAA